AUGGCACUGUGCGAUCCACGGGGGAAAAAAAGCCCCACCUUGAUCCAAUACCAGCCGGUGGAAAGCACCACUCUUGGGGCUGCACCCAGCACUGUUUUGUUUCUAGAUUAAAGGGCAGUACACCUACUUUUAAGGGGGCAGGAGCACCCCGAGCUGAGGGCGAGAAAAUGCCAUUUUCCCCUUUUCCCCCAUUUUUAAAUUGUAAACUAAUAGAAAAUAAGGGGAAAGAAAAAGGGAGAAAAAAGAGAAGAGCAAGGGAGAGAACGGGGGGUUCCUCGUCAGGAGGGAGGACCAACCACGUUAAAAUCGCAUAUUUUUUAAAAAUGAUCACACGAUCAAAACAACAAAACGAUAACGUGACAGUCAAUGGUCAAACACAAACCAACACGAACAAGAAACCACAAUGAAUGAAUGCCUAACGGCUACCUAAGUAUGACUCCCAAUCAGAGACAACGAGCUACAGCCGUCUCUGAUUGGGAGCCACCCUGGCCAACAUAGAUAUACAACAACUAGAACCAACACACAUGAAAACUCACACCCUGGCUCAACAUACUAGAGUCCCCAGAGCCAGGGCGUGACAGUACCCCCCCCCCCUAAAGGCGCGGACUCCGACCGCGCCAACCAAAUACCACAGGGGAGGGACCGGGUGGGCACUCCGCCUUGGCGGCGGAUCCGGCUCCGGGCAUGAUCCCCACUCGCUCUCUAACCCCCCAAAGUACCCCUGGUCCGGUCUGGCCCUGCUGACCGGAGCUGGACUGCAAACUGGUGGAGCGGAUUGCUCUAGCUCCGGCGUGAAGCAGCUGACCCGUGCUGAACCAGGCACCAGUGGAACAGACACGGGCUGUGCCGGACUGACGACGCACACCACUGGCUUGGUGUGGGGAGCAGGAACGGCCCGAGCCGGGCUGACGAAACGCACCCCUGACUUGGUGCGGGGAGCAGGGGCGGGCCGAACCGGGCUGACGAAACGCACCACUGACUUGGUGCGGGGAGCAGGAACGGGCCGAGCCGGGCUGACGAAGCGCACCACUGACUUGGUGCGGGGAGCAGGAACGGGCCGAGCCGGGCUGACGAAGCGCACCACUGACUUGGUGCGGGGAGCAGGAACGGGCCGAGCCGGGCUGACGAAGCGCACCACUGACUUGGUGCGGGGAGCAGGAACGGGCCGAGCCGGGCUGACGAAGCGCACCACUGACUUGGUGCGGGGAGCAGGAACAGGCCGGACCGUACUGGGGACACACACCACUGGUCCUACGCAGGGAUCUGGAAUGGGCCGGACCGGACUGGUAACACACCCCAGUACCUCUCGCCGUGCCUCUACACCUUCCACCCCCUCUUCGACCAGUGGUCCCCGUAACCUGGCGGCCUCCUCUGCCAACCCGCUGGGCCGCUCUGCCGCGGUCUCCUGCUGGCCCGUCGUCCACGGCGUUAGCCCCCCCCUAAAAAAUUUCUGGGCGUCUCUCCUACCCGUGGACCAGGUCUCCAUGUCCCUCGCCAGCCUUUCGCCCUUCUGCUUCCAUGUCAAGCCCUUCUCUUCCUCACCCGGCUUGACCCAGUCCAGGAGGCGAAGGAGAUCUGCUAGAGAUCUCCCUGGCGAUGGCUCCUGGACACGCUGCUUGGUCCAGUCUUGGUGGUUUCUUCUGUCACGAUCGUCGAGAAGAGAGGAGGACCAAGGCGCAGCGUUGAAUGCGAACAUAUUUAUUUAUAUAAUGAUCACACGAUCAAAACAACAAAACGAUAACGUGACAGUCAAUGGUCAAACACAAACCAACACGAACAAGAAACCACAAUGAAUGAAUGCCUAACGGCUACCUAAGUAUGACUCCCAAUCAGAGACAACGAGCUACAGCCGUCUCUGAUUGGGAGCCACCCUGGCCAACAUAGAUAUACAACAACUAGAACCAACACACAUGAAAACUCACACCCUGGCUCAACAUACUAGAGUCCCCAGAGCCAGGGCUUGACAGAGAGAGAGAGAGAAAGAGAGAGAGUGAGAGAGAGAGAGGGUGAGAAACAGAAAGAUUGUGUUGCAAAUGUAUUACGUAACACUUAUCACCUUAUUCUGUCUGUGUGUCUGUCAGCUGUUGGUUGUCUCUGGAGAGAGGUUAUAUCAAACAUAAAUACAACAUGAAAAUAACACCAGAUAACCUAAUUCAACGUUAAUGUAACCUUAUUCUAACGUUAUCCUCUCUGUUUGCCAGCUGUUGGUUAUCUCUAGAGAAAUACCCUUAAUUUAACCUAACUCAAAAUGAACACAACAUAACAUAAAUAUACCAUGCAUCUAACGUUAUCCUCUCUGUGUGUCUCUGUCAGCUGUUGGUUGUCUCUGGAGAGAGGAUUCAUCUGGAGUUUCUUCGGCCCAGUGUGCACCAAAAUCAUCCUAAAAACGUUUUUCUUUUUUCUUUCCCUUUUUUAUUCUGUCGGAGGCGGGCCCGAAUUUCUAUUUUUAAAAAACCCCCUGACCCCCCUCCCCCCUCCCAACCCAAGCGUAAGGGUGUGU